UCUUUUUGUGUUGUUUAUGGUGUUCUCUGAUCCCUUUGCAUCACCGUCCAAUACGACUUUAUAAUCCUCUUCUUCUUCUUCUUCUUCUUUAAAUCCAAUCCAAUUCAGCAGCCACAUCCUCCGCUUUCAUAAUCUUACCUACACAACACAGACAGACUUCUUUCAGUACACUACACCUUAUGCAACCAUAGCAGCGCAGUUUAGCAUCCACUGGUCCCAAGACUGACACGCGUCGCGAGAUCCAUACACCCCACCCAUUCUCCCAUAAUCAAAAUCUUCUUUUAUUUUCUUAUUUUUUAUAAUAAUCUCUCUCUCUCUCUAUCUUUUUGGUAGAAAAUUAAGAGAAAGGGAAAGAAAAGGAAAAGAAAAGAGAAAGAGAAGAAGUGAGUAGAGAGAGCAGGAGUAGAGGUGGACAGACAAAGGAAUCGAUAGUCGGUGCCCUAUUGUCUUCGCCGACCAAUCAUAACGUCCCUUUCCACCCACUUGGUUUCUAAAGAAAAAAAAAUAAUUAACUAAUUAAUUUCUUUCCUGGUGUUUAUAAAACCCUAUCACUUCUUCUUCUUUCUCUUUGAUUCUUUUUUUAAUUUUUUUGUUUCCUCUUUUUUUUUUUCUUUUUUUUUCUCUAACACUAUCGGCUGGUUCUUCCGACUAUAUAUUAGCAAAUCGGAAGACGCCCGUGUUUUUCUUUUUGUUAAUCUGAUUUAGGGUUUUCAUGCUUUUAUUAUCCCUUUAAAAUUUGUUUUUAUUUUUAUUUUUUAGAUUGAUUGGUUUUGUUUGCUGUUAACUUAUUUUCUUGGAAAAAGAAAAAUUAUUGGGCAAUACUAUUGAGUUAUGAUGAGAAGCGGGACUGAGCAAUCGUCGACUGUGGUUAUUGAAAGGACUGAGGAUGGCGUUGCUGAUAAAGAUAAAGAGAAGAAGAAGAAUAAACGCCGAUCUAAUCGUCGAUCUAAGCAGAACUCUCCUAAUUUAGUAAAUGGUGGUGGAGAGUUGUCACAGUCAUCUCGAAAAUCAAAGAAUUAUACAUCAUCUGUGGGUUGCUUUCCAUCUGGGCAGCCUGAUUUUGAUGCUUACGCUUUCAACUCUAUGCCCACUAUGCAUAUAAGUGAGCAAGUUGAACACCUUUUGCCAUCUGAUCUUAGCAUUGGUGGGCAAGCAUUUUCGAACUCGUGUCCUGAACCCAUUGCUGGUGGACUCUGUCCGUUUGAUAGCAUCAGUAAUAUUAAUACUCGGGGCAAGAUUUUUGCUUCACACUGGUCCAUUGAGGCUAUUGACGAGGCAUUAGAGCAGAAAGGUGAUGCUUUUAAAGCGGUAUUUCAUGUCAAUGCUCACAAUCGGCUUGAGGCGUACUGCAAAAUUGAGGGAGUUUCCACAGAUGUACUCAUCAGUGGACUUGCUGUGCAAAACAGAGCUGUGGAAGGGGACAUGGUGGUCAUCAAGGUUGAUCCCUUGCCAUGCUGGACUAAGAUGAAAGGGUCAAAUGGACCAUCAAAUAGUAUUGCUUUGGCAGAAGAUUGCAAUUCAGCUGUAGAAUUAAGUGAGAUGGCUAGCGGUAGCUGCAAGGGUAAAAUUAAAGUGGAGGUGGAUCAUGACUUUGCUGAAUCUGGAAGUUUCUCUCUACCUCAGAAGGGAAUUCAUUCUGAGGAUAGCUCUUGUGCCACUGAAGCUGUUCAUCAGGAACUAAAUGGUUCAACGGGUUACAAUAUUGGUAUUGGGGAUCACCCAUCCGCUUCAGAAUCUUCAAAUUUUGGUUCUUCUAUGGGACAGCAUGAAGGUGCUAAUGCUGUGGGUAGGCUAUGCACCAUGAUUAGUUCACACCCAACAAAGCGACCAACUGGUAGAGUCGUGGCCAUCAUUGAAAGAUCCCCUCGUCGAGAUGCUAUUAUUGGUUUUCUAAAUGUCAAGCAGUGGUUUUACUGCAGGGAAGCUUGUAAAAAAGAUUCAAAAAAGAACAAAAACUCUUCAUCAAUAUCUGAUCGUGAGUAUAUACAGCUUAUGCCGACUGAUCCAAAAUUUCCAAAAAUGAUGGUCUUGGCGAGUAGCUUGCCUGACUCCAUCAAGAAAAGAUUGGAGGGAGGAGAUGCAACAGUUGAGAUGGAGCUGGUAGCUGCUCAGAUUGAUAAUUGGGAUGAUGAAAGUCCUUCUCCACAUGCCCAUGUCUCUCGGAUAUUUGGACGGGGUAGUGAAUUGGAGCCACAGCUUAGUGCAAUUUUAUAUGAAAAUACAAUUUGUUAUUCAGAUUUUUCACCUGAAUCUCUUUCUUGCAUUCCAUGCGAUUCUUGGGAGGUGCCAGCAGAGGAAAUCAGAAGAAGAAAAGAUCUUAGAAAUUUGUGCAUAUUUACGAUUGACCCUUCCACUGCAACUGACUUAGAUGAUGCUCUCUCAGUUGAAAGGCUGCCGAAUGGCAUCCUAAGAGUUGGUGUUCACAUUGCUGAUGUCUCAUAUUUUGUUUUGCCUGAUUCAGCCUUAGACAAAGAAGCUCAGGCUCGAUCGACAAGUGUGUAUUUGCUGCGAGGAAAAUUACCUAUGUUGCCUCCACUUCUUUCUGAGAAUCUAGGUUCACUUAAUCCAGGAGUAGAUAGACUUGCAUUUACUAUUUUCUGGGAGUUAAACAGUACUGGUGAUGUCACAGAUCGUUGGAUCGGCCGCACUGUGAUACAAUCUUGUUGCAAGCUUUCUUAUCAACAUGCUCAAGAAAUGGUUGAUGGGGUGAUUAGGGAGGAGGCUUGUAACACAUUUGGAAACAGCCUGCCACAGUUGUAUGGCCCGUUUGACUGGUCAGAUGUCAUUAGAUCUGUCAAGAGUCUUAAUGAAAUUUCAAAAACUUUAAGGGAAAAGAGGUUCAAUGAUGGGGCUUUACAGCUUGAAAGUUCCAAAAUUGGCUUUCUAUUUGAUGAAUAUGGAAUUCCAUAUGAUAGCGUGCUUUGCGGGCGGAAGGACUCCGAUUUUCUUGUUGAGGAGUUUAUGCUUUUAGCAAAUAGAACAGCUGCUGAAGUCAUAUCUAGAGCUUUCCCAGAUAGUGCACUAUUGCGGAGGCAUCCUGCACCUAAUAUGCGAAAGUUAAGAGAAUUUGAAGCUUUUUGUUGCAAGCAUGGUCUGCAAUUGGACAGUUCUUCUUCUGGUAACUUCCAUCAGUCAUUGGAGUGCAUCAGGGGUAAGCUCAAGGAUGACAGUGUGUUGUGUGGUAUUCUGAUGUCUUAUGCUUCAAGACCAAUGCAGCUGGCUACCUACUUUUGCAGUGGUGUUAUGAAAGAUAAUAUGAACGACUGGGGUCAUUAUGCGCUUGCUGUUGCUCUCUAUACUCAUUUUACUUCACCAUUGCGUCGAUAUCCUGAUAUCAUUGUACAUCGGACAUUGGCUGCAGCCAUAGAAGCAGAGGAGUUGUAUAUGAGAAGUAGAAGAAUCUCGUGUAAAGCGGGAAUGGGGGACAAAGUGAUGAGGUGUUUCACUGGUAUUUAUUUUGAUAAAGAUGCUGCAGAAUCUGUUGAAGGCAAGGAAGCAUUAUCAGCUGCAGCUUCUAAACAUAGAAUUCCAUGCACAGAAUCACUUGCAAAUGUUGUCGCUUACUGUAAUGAUCGAAAGCUGGCUAGUAGGCAUGUCAAGGAUGCCUGUGAUAAACUGUACAUGUGGGCUUUGCUUAAAAGGAAAGAGGUUCUAUUAUCAGAUGCUAGGGUUUUGGGUCUUGGGCCAAGGUUUAUGUCCAUUUAUAUCCAAAAACUAGCUAUUGAACGGCGGAUUUAUUAUGAGGAAGUUGAAGGCUUAACAGUGGAAUGGCUAGAGGCUACAUCGACAUUGGUGCUAAAUUUGUGUUCGUACAAACGUGCAUUCAGGAGGUCUGGCUCUGGUUUUUACAGGGAACUUGAUGAGUUUGCAUGGGUUGUAAGUCCGUGCAGUCUGAAGCUGGAAGCUGACAUGGUUGGAGAGAGUCCUAAGGAGUGCAGAAUUGCAGAUUCAGAUAAUAAUGGAAAGGCAUCCCAGCAUAUAGAUCCCAUUUCAGAGUCCAAAAUUGAUCCAGUAGUUUUUCCUAUCACUGUGCGUCUUCUGUCAACAAUCCCUGUAGCGCUUCAUGCAGUUGGUGGGGAUGACAGGCCGAUUGAAAUUGGGGUGAGGGUUUUCGCGAGCUCAUAUUUAAGCUAGACUAGAUUAUGAUACGUGAGCUUACAUUUGGAACUGGGAGAUGAAGUCUAAUGAGCUCAUGGAGAUGGAAGAUAAACAGAAAUAGCAGCAACGCAAGCUCUGUUGUAGAUACAGAAUGUUAGUGUAUAGUUGAAAUAGUUAGAUGAAAGAAAAAUCUGUGGAUCAGAAUCAUCCAUAUUUACCCGGAGUCUGUUAAUACAUAUGGUGCUGAAACAUCUGGUGGAAGGUGUAGAUAUUGGCAGGCUUUUCUUUUUUGGCUCUAGUGGCUGUCUUUUUUACAAAAGCUGCUUGAAUGGGAUGGCCCUUGUUUUUGUAGGCCAGUUCCAUUGAAAUUAUAUGAAUUCGGCAGAGUUGAGACCGAGUUUGGAGCGAAAUUUUAUGUUUUUCUUUUUUUAAAUUUCCUUUUGUAAUAUUGAACUGCCUGCAGCCCAAUAAGUUUUUUUAAGUUUGGGUUGGUUUGGUGGUUCUAGUGCUCUUUUUUCUGAACCUUCUGUUCGUGUUUUAAUGUACUAUCUGGAAUUUACUUUUGUUGAAUAAAUGGCUUUUAAUUGCGACUUGCAAGGAAAA